ACGUUCCAGACGUCAUUAAUGCUUGCCAAAACACCAUAAACUUGUGUAAAUGGCUGUUUGACCUUUCUUAUCAAGCCAGUGUAUCUAGCUAACGACAAUGAACAUGCCUCUACUACGCGUAUGUGCUUCUACAUCGAUUUUUCGUGCGACCAAAGGGUUAUUCAUGGAGUCUGCUUUUACAGGAUGCUUGCGGACAGCAAGUGGAGCAGCUAAGGACAAGGAGCCACUGCGCAAGGCCAAAACCCCCCAGGGCCGCUUUGACAUGAAUGAUGAGAAGAUAAAGGAUCCCCUUGAAAAGUUCCCUGAUGAUGUGAACCCAGCCACUAAGGAGCAGGGGGGGCCCCGAGGCCCAGAACCCACACGCUACGGGGACUGGGAGAGGAAGGGCCGCUGUGUCGACUUCUAGUUUCCAAUCCUGGUAUAUUACACAUGCGAUGUGGACAUACCUUAUCUAUAACUUAUGCAUCCAUGUCUGAGGAUUGUGCAAGAGACCAGGAUUAGUACACCAUACUGAAUCAGUCUGGACUAUUUCCCCAUUAAGCAUACAAUCUUGUUUGUAGUUUCACAUUUAUACACAUGUAGUCUGUAGAACAGUCUCACUUACUUUUUAUGGUGCAAUACUCACUUUGCACACUAUUGUCUUUGUUGAGAUGUAUGACGAUGAUGAGACAUGAUGACCUAGUGAACAAUAAAGGCUGCUGAGGGAGGAUGGCUCUUAAUGGCUGAAGUGAAUGGAAUGACCCCCCCCCCCCCCCCAAAAAAAAGCUGUUUGAUUCCAUUUACUCCAUUCUGAACAAUUUUAUGAGCUGUCCUCCCCUCAGCAGCCUCCACUGAUAGUGAACGAUUGUCAUGCAAGUUUAUUGCUUCCUGUACAGAGAUGUCAAUGUUGUGAAUAAAUGCAAUGUAAACUAUU